AUGAAUGACAGCUACGGAAAUGCACAGAGCAAUAUAGAAACGUUCCAUGCAAAUGGAGGUAUAUUUCUGUCAGACUGUAGCUCUUUAUCAUUACCUAAAGAAGCGCUCCUUAUUUAUAUUCGUACAGUAGUGCAAGCAUCACUAAUGUUCAUUGCAGUUCUUAUGAACAUAACUAUUAUCGCUGUCGUCUGCUGUACAAAAAAUCUGCGAACUGUCACCCACUUUUUUAUCUCCUCCUUGGCUUGCAGUGAUUUGAUCACGGCCUCUAUAAUCUUCGCCUGCAGUUGUAUCGUCAUCUCUAGUCUAUCAGGCAACAGGACCUGUGGACUUACUGCAUCAUUGGUUUGUUUUAAAGGUUUUCUAACGUUCUUCAGCGUGACUUCCAGUAUCGGCAACCAUCUCUUGAUUUCUAUCGAACGCUGGCUGUACAUAGCGCGUCCAUUUCUUCAUCAGCGAAUAAUCAAUCCACGAACAACAACAGGCUGUGUCAUAUCUAUGUGGGUGAUAUCAUUUUUAUUUAAUAUCAACGUUCUUUUCGACCGCUGUGGAUCAGUCAAAUUUUCUACAAGGGUUAACAACGGCAUUGUUAAGCCAGCACUUAAUUUCUUCUUGUGUUUUCUUAUGUGUAUUAUCUAUUCUCACAUCGCGUUUAUAAGUUAUCAACAAGUAAAAACCAUUAACAAACUCAGAGUGACCAGCGGGUGUACAGAAGACGAAACUGUCUUAAAAACUCGAACGUUAGUGACCAUGAGGUGGAAAACCAUUCGGAUGCUGACCACUGUCUUUGGAGUGUACUUUAUACUCGUCCCUCCUUUAUUUUGUAUUGAUAUAUAUGCUUAUGCAGCGGAUCAAAGUAUUUAUGACACUUUUUUUGGCAAAAUUGUAAACUUGAUUUGGUCUGUGCACUGCUGUUUAAAUGUUUGUAUUUAUGCGGCACAAGACAGAGUUUUUAGGAACGCGUUGAAAACAGUUUUACAGAAAAAGUGUAAUGUUUGUUGUCGCAGAAAUGUUCAUCCAGAUACGACUUUCUCAUGUGGAACAAUUAAAAUGUAA